AUGGGAGCAGCUGCCUAUGGGUUUCUGGGAAGGCUGAUCAGGGAUAAAACUGUCAUUCUAAAGGAAGAUAGCUGGUGGAUUCUUGGGAACUUUAGUGAGGUUACCAAGGGUAGAGCGGCCAAUUUGGAGGAAGAAGUUAUUCUCUCGUGGACUUUUGUGAAGAGUGUAGGGGAAAAAGGGAAUGGCAAGUUGGGGGGAUUUACUUCGUUGAGAAGGUCAAUCGAGGUGGGAUUAUUGGACAUGCAUUACCAAGAAGUGAGAAAUUUUGGACGGUAG